UUUCAGUGAUCCUGUGCAGUCCCGGAGCUGCUCGCUGUUCCUUUAAGAGGGCUGAGCCUGCGCCUCGGAGGCUCCAGCGCACUUUUCAUCUACCUGCUGCCCACUUCGCUCCCACGUCUUGAUUGGCCGUCUUGGACCAAAUCCUCUUGAAUGAUUUCAAACCCGAGUGCUUGGACGAGGAGGAGGAGGGGUCCGCGGAUAAUUCCGAGCUGGCUGGGUGGAAAGGAUCGAGUCCUCCGUCCAGCAGCACCUCAGUGAAGAGCUUUAUCUCCGAGGAGCGUUGUUGACGGCAAAACGCGUCCGAGAGCGCAGCGCUCGUGGAGAAAGUCGGCUUGGAAAGGUAACACGUUUUCUCCCAAACUCGCUUUUUCUUUUUUCUUUUUUGGCUCAAUAAUUCAAAAGAAGCCGUGUUGUUGUGCUCCUGCCGUUUGAAUGGAGUGAUGUCCAGAGAAGAUGGCACACAUUGCGAUGGGACGCGCUGCGUUUUGCUGACAGGACUCGGCGCUCCGGACCAGGAGCUGAUUGAAAAUCUCUGCUGAUCGAUUUCAAAUCAUGUGUGUUCGCUAUUGACGGAAUGUGAGUUGUUUCCGAGAUCCAUAAAGGCUUUUUUUUUCUUCUUUGGGGGCCAUUCAGUUCAUGCUCGGGUUGCCAUAGCAUCACAUUAAUAUUUUCCUCUUCAUUUAUCGGCCUGUUGAGGAGCUGCGCGUAACGAUACUUUCAGAUUUCAGACAAUGUAUUCGUCUUUUAACACGAUCCCGCAGCUGAGGUUGGGUUAGAGGAGUUUUCAUAGUUGAUUUUAAGCCGCUUUAGAAACGAACUGAGACUAGGAGCCAAACACAGUCAUGGCUAAAAAUCCGUCCGAGGGGCCGAAGGAUGACCUGAGCCAGCUGACGGACGAGGAGCUCCUGCGCUGCAGCAAAGAGGAGCUGCUCAGGAAAUUAAGGAGGGUUGACAGCGAGAAAAUGAACUUGAUGAUCGAGCAUGGCAACAUGAUGAAAGACAUCAACCGGAGGCUGCAGGUGCACCUGCACGAAAUCCGGAGCCUGAAGGAGAUCAACCAGAAGCUGCAGGAUGACAACCAUGAGCUCCGGGAGCUCUGCUGCUUCCUGGACGACGACCGGCAGAAGGGCAAGAAGCUGUCCCGGGAGUGGCAACGCUUCGGCCGAUACACUGCCAGCGCCAUGUGGAAGGAGGUGGGCACCUACAUGAUGAAGCUCAAGGAGCUGGAGGCCAACCAGGAGACGGUGUUGAGGGAGAACUCUGAACUGAAGGAGAUCAUCCUCAUGCUGGACGAGGAGAGGAACGGUGCAGGAUCCAGGAGCUCCAUAGACAGUCAGUCCAGCUUGACCAACCUGAACGGGGGCACCGGCACGGUCAGGGAUGUUGGAGACGGGAGUAGCACGUCCAGCACAGGUAGCGCCGGCAGCCCGGAUCACCACAACCACAACCACAUACACAAGCCAUCGGAGAACAGUAAGAUGGGUCCCACCAUGAGGAGGUCCAUGGAUGACCUGUCGGCGCCGCACCACCACAGGAGCAUCCCCAACGGACUCAAUGGUGAGUUGACGCACUGUGGAACCACUAAUACACACCUGACUGCUGUAAUCUGCACACAUACCCAACAUCCAAGA